CGGAAACAUGCUCCUGAUUGUGAAAUGCCUCAGUGUUCAUUGGAACGUCGUCUUUCGUAUCCCUUUUUUAUUGCACAAAGUAAUAAUUCGAAUCUUCGAGAACAAUAAAAAUGAAAUUUCUGGUGACAUAACCUGCCGGUUGUUUUACGUAAAUUUGUAAAAUGGCACUUUGAUAAAAUAACUUAUGAUGUAAUACUUUUGUGAUACUUUUUAUUACCGUGGCGCUGUGGUGAUCAACAGAAGCAUCAGAAAUAAUUUUUAUAUGCGUGUUAUAACUAUUUAGUACUGAACUAUAAUGAAAUUGUUACAAGAAACACCAAAAUACAUUCCAGAUAUACCUAUAUACAAAUAUUGAUCAAAGAGGAUAUCUACGUAUAAACAUAAUUUGAUUACUUUUUAUGAAAAUGCCUAUCAUCAAGAGACAAGCGGAAAAGAUGACGGAGACCAUUCAGAUGGAAACGGUCGGAUCGACUGUAAAAUCGUUGAGUGUAGACUUCGAAGUAGAUGAAGGAGUGACCGACAGCGAAGUGGUCACCGAACCUACAGGGAAAUCCUUCGAAACCAAGAUGGAAGAUCUUGGGAAGGAGCUCGCCGAAGAAAUGGGAAUACCAACAUGGGGCCUCGUAACAAUCUUAAUAGUUGUAGGCGUAGUUGUACUCGGAAUCUGCUUCUGCUGCAUAAGAAGAUGCUGUCGCAAAAGACGUUCCAAGGACGGGAAGAAAGGGUUGAAGGGAGCGGUGGACCUCAAGUCUGUGCAGCUGUUGGGCACCACGUACAAAGACAAGGUCCAGCCGGAUAUGGAAGAAUUGACUGACAACGCGGAGGAACCGGAUGAAGCCGAAAGUAAACAGAGCGAAGUGAAACUUGGAAAACUUCAAUACAAGCUCGAAUAUGAUUUCAACACGAACAGUCUGGCAGUGACAGUGAUACAAGCUGAAGACUUGCCAGCUUUGGAUAUGGGUGGCACAUCUGAUCCAUACGUAAAAGUGUACUUACUACCGGACAAGAAGAAGAAAUUCGAAACAAAAGUACACAGGAAAACACUUAAUCCCGUAUUUAAUGAGACUUUCACAUUCAAGGGCGUCCCGUACGCAGAUGCUAUGAACAAGACUCUCGUGUUUGCGAUUUUCGAUUUCGACAGAUUCUCGAAACACGACCAAAUUGGUGAAGUGAAGGUUCCCCUCUGCCAAGUCGAUCUGGCUCAAACGAUCGAGGAAUGGAGAGAACUGCAAAGCGUAGAAGGCGAAGGUGGUCAGGACAACAAAUUGGGUGACAUUUGCUUCUCGCUCCGAUACGUGCCCACGGCUGGUAAAUUGACAGUGGUCAUCCUGGAAGCAAAGAACCUGAAGAAAAUGGACGUCGGCGGUCUGUCGGAUCCUUACGUGAAAAUCGCUUUGAUGCAGAAUGGAAAGAGAUUGAAGAAAAAGAAGACAACCAUUAAGAAAUGCACACUUAAUCCGUAUUACAACGAAUCGUUCACAUUUGAGGUACCCUUCGAGCAAAUAAAGAAAGUGGAAUUGGUUGUCACGGUAGUCGACUACGAUCGUAUCGGCACCUCAGAACCCAUUGGGAAGGUCGUCUUGGGGUACAAUGCGAGCGGAACAGAGUUGAGACACUGGUCCGACAUGUUGGCUUGCCCCAGACGUCCUAUUGCUCAAUGGCAUACGCUUAAGGACCCCGAGGACGGCGACAAGAAGGACUAAAACCGUUGAGCGAAAUGUCCAAGUUAAGGUAAUGCACACCAAAUGGUUCUAAGCAGAUAUGAAAAAUUGUACAGAAGCAGUUUUUUCCGUUUCGUUUCGUUGCGUUCGCUUUCGCCCCCCCAAAACUCGACAAACUAUAUAUAUUUUCCAACGAUACUCAUGGACGAUGUACCGGACGUGGCAGCAUUAUCCUUGAACGAAAGGAAGAAACGAAAGAGGUGAAAUAAAAAUUUCAACAAAAAUGAAAAAAAUAAAGAGAGAGGGAGGGAGAGAGAGAAAGAGUGUGUAUACGUGCGUGCAUGCGUGCGUGCGUGUGUGCGUGGGUGUACUUGCGUUUGUGAGUGUGUGUGA